GUUAAAGCUGUAAUUCUGUGUUAACAAAACUAGUAAUUAGUUUUAAAAUAGCCAUUUAUUAUUAUAUAUAAAUAUUAAAAUAUUUUUAUGAGAUUUAGUGACAGCUUAAUACUGAAUUAUUUACAUUUAGUAAUCCAAGUUUGGAUGAAAUUGUAUGGUAACAAACGGAGCCAUUAGAUAUGCCUGCGCACGCCUACGCUCUUUUCAAUGAUUGCUACUACUGUGUAGUUCUCGGAUGAAUUAAAAGUGUCAAUUGCGAGUGAUGAACAAAUUUACAAUGACGAAAUUUUGUCAAUAAUCUUAGUGAUAAAAUACACUUCAAUGUCGAAGUAAAAAUAUUCCAUUGAUGUUAACAAAGAGUAUAAGGCUCCAUAUUGAAACGUGAUUCGAUGUAGUGCAGAGUUAAAUACAUAUCUAAAGAUAUCAGUGAAGUUGUAUAGAUUGCUUAUUUAUCUUAGUAAAUUUAGAUGUUUGUCUUUUUCACAAUACCAUUAUUAAGAAAUAUCGUGUAUUAUCUGUACUGUUUCAAUUGAUUCAGAAAUGAAAUGUUUAUGUCAGUUUGUUUAUUGAUGUUUAUGAGUUGAGCUUCCUGCUAUAAUUCCGAAAAUAUAUAUAAAUAUAUAUUUUGCGAUAAAUAUCAACGACAAAAUGGAUGAAAAACGUGGAUUUCCUUUAUCAGAUGAUGAAGAAGAAUCAGAAAAUAUCAUCAUCAAUGAGGUAGAUGGCUUACCUGACUUACAUCCUAAUUAUGAGGAGUUGACACUCGAUUUAGAUGAAAAAAGAGAUCGAACAAGUACGGAUAUUAGAACUCUUGAUGAACUAGUACAUGACGAAGAUUUGCCAACAUCCGUUAUAGUAACGAAUGUAGAUCCUCGAGUUUUUAAAAGUGAUAAACUUAAGGCUGAAAUAGAAGAAUUAUUUAAACAAUUCGGUAAAGAUGCAACCUUCCAGUAUUUUAAAUCAUUCAGAAGAAUGAGGGUAAAUUAUAAGUCUCCAAGUGCUGCAGCUCAUGCUAGGAUACAAUUGCAUCAAACAAAAUUUGGUGAUACCGAUAUUAACUGCUAUUUUGCUCAGCCAGUAACACCGAUAGAUAUCGAAGAUCAACAUCUUCAACCGCCUGCUCUUACAAAACAAUUUCUAAUUUCACCCCCUGCGUCUCCUCCGGUUGGCUGGGAGCCACGACCAGAAGACGAACCCCUAGUUAAUCAUGAUUUAUUGGCUGCCAUUGCUAAUUUAUCACCAGGUGGAAGUCACGAACUACAUCCAGGCGGAUCUGGUCAACCUGGAAUAGUAGUACAUGUAUGUGAAAACUCAGCAUCUAACAAUCCUUUAAAAAGAGCUCCACCCAUACAACACACCCGUUGUCCUGAUCAUUAAAAGAUUUUUUUAGGGUAAGUGUUGUUUGCAAUCAGUGGCUAUAAAUUAUUUAAAUAAUCCAUCCAAAUUAAAUAAUCAAUGAUGUGAUAUUUCUGCAAUUAAUGGAUUCAAAAAAAAUAUCAUUUCAAUGUGAAACGAAAAAAUUCACCAUGAAGUGUAUUGAAAGAUUUGUGUCAAAUUUAAAUGUAAUUAAAUUUGUGUUACCAUCUAUAUUAUUUCAGUAUUCCAUAAAUAUAUGAGAGUCAAUUCAUGUACUCUUUCUUCGUUUUUUAUCUCAAUUUUCAAAUGUGAUGUUGAAAAAUAUCUAUUAAGCUCAUUCUAUGCUAAGUGAGGAAAUGGAGUAUAUUCAGAAGCUAGUUAUUGAUAACUUGGAAUAUCGUAGUGUAAUUAACGAGCGUUGAUACCAUUUAGUUCAAAUAUUUAUUGAACAAUAGCGAAUGGUAUAUUGUCAAUUAGCUGCCAGGCUUAGAAUGUAAGGGAGUAAAAUAUCAUAAUUGUAUUAGUUGAAAUAUAAAGUUCAUCUUGUAGUUAUUGGAUUACAUUGUUUGAGUAAAGGAAUAAUAACAAAACAAAUAGCCCGCAGUUGCAGAAAUUUUUUUGUUUAGUGUAACAGCUGGAUAUUUUCUGUAAUCAAUAAGAUUUAUUGAGCACAAAUAUAUGUAUAUAAAUAGAUAUAUUUUUAAAAUUAUUAUUUAUUAAAGUAUUUACUGAAAUGUGUGGUUUCUGAAUUGUAAACAAAUGCGCUUUAAAUAAUAUUAAAUUACUUUCAAAAAAUGAUUCAUGCUUCAAUAUAUGAUGUUAUGUAAGAAUAAAAAUGAAGAAAUAAUUAGAAUAAUAACAUGAGCACAAACUUUUUGAAUUACAUAAAUAGUAAUAAUUUAAAAUGUGAAUAGAAGUGUUUUACCUAAUUCGUACUUGAAUAUGUUUUUAUGACUGUACCAACAAAUUUAGUGUACAAGUUAUCUAAUCAUUUUGAGAGAUUGUAAUAAAAAACCAAUAAAUGAAAAAAAAAUUUUCUCGAUUCUAGAGUAUUAAUAAUUGAAUAGAAUUAUGUAAUCUUUCAGAAAGGAAUUAAAGUCAUUCAAUUACAAAUUUAUUCAUUAGAUUCAUUUAAAAUAAACAUUAAAAUUGAAUGGAAUUAAAAAAUAUUUUCUGAGCAGCUCCGCAUUAAAAAUGGUAUCACCGAAAAUAUAUUUUUAUAUUAAAAUUAAGAGAAAGUGGACUGCAGAAAUCAACUAUUUUACAUUAAAUAACAACAUUACCAAUAUAAGAGAAGCCCAAUAUCUCAAACAACGGACUCUCUUAAUCAAACUACACAACUUUAGAUUAAUAUCCAACAAAUUCCAAUAUGACUAUUAAUCAAUCUAGAGGUGCAAUCAAAUAAAAACAAUCUUACUGCUAU